AAAAAGAAUUUAUAGAGCAAAGAAGCAAAGCUGAAACUUCUUCCCCGUAUAAACAAGAGUCACUAGAAAAAUAUAAACAACAUAUGGCCAAACAGGAAGAGACAAAAACAAUGACAACAAAAGCGCCACCAAUAAUUGAUAAAGAUGUUUUAAGAAGAAAUGAUACAACCCCAGAACUAACGGAAAAGUUACCGUUCUUACCUGAUUACAAAUCACCGUGCUGGAAGGAACUGGAUGAAGUUCUCGGUCCGGAAGUUAAGAUCAACUGUUUACCAUAUUUCUAUGUUGUCGGCGUCUCCCAGUGUGGAACUAAAGAUCUGUUUGAAAGACUCACCCAACACCCUCUAAUCUCAGGAAACAUGAAACCUGGAAACCGAUGGUUCACUAGAUUACGUUUUGGAGGUUUUCCGUUACUAUCGGAUUACUUACAAUACUACUAUCAUGCCGUGGAAACAGACAUUAAGAGAAUUACAACUAACGACGGCUAUCACAACGCCAUAUUCGGCGAUUUUACACCAUCAACAAUUUGGGAUAAUCACUUCUUACAAAGCGCGGCAAGGAAAAAGAACGUGACGGACCCGCCAUAUACAAAUGCUGACGUCAUUAAACAUCUGAAUCCGAACGCUAGAAUUAUUGUGCUGUUGUGUGACCCAUUAGAGAGGCUGUUCAGUGAUUAUAUACAAAUUGCGGAAGAUUUCGAAGCCCCGCCCCUCGUCGACGAAUUUCAUGAUCAUGUCGUAAAUGCAAUGACACGGUUCUCCAAUUGUUUAAAAAACAACACGUAUCUUAGUUGUGUGUAUUUUGGGAAACCCUCGUCCUCAUAUCGAGCUGCAGGACUGUCACGGAUAGAGAUUGGACUAUAUCAUACACAUCUAGCGAAUUUUAUGAAGGUUUUUCCGAAGAAUCAGAUGCUGAUCAUCAGCAAGGAGAUGCUUGACAAAGAUCCCGCUAAAAUUUUACAGAAAAUCUUUGAUUUUUUGGAUGUUGGUCCAAUAAAAGAUCCUAUAGUAUGGCAACAUAUCACGUCAUAUAGAAACACCGAACAUUCACGACCGAUUGGUGACAUGAAACCGGAAACCAGAAAACUUAUUCAAGACUUUUAUUAUCCACAUAAUUCGAGACUUACUAAACUGUUUGGACCAGAUUUUGAUUACAAUAAAAAUACUAGUAGCCAAAUACAUAUAAAAUAAUAACGGAAGUUUAUUAAAGGCACAUUAUGCAUCUUCAGAGAAUCAUAUUCUGAAAUUAUUUAGAAAUGUCAAACAUGUGUCUAAUAAUUGAUUUAGGGUAUGUUAGAUGUUUAAAGAUCCUGUAACACAAUUUUUUAUGUUUUUAAAUCAUAAAUAUGAUGCUCAAAUUAAGAUUUAUCAAUAUUUUAGGUUCCAAAAAGCAUUAUUUAUAGAUAAUACCGAAUUUAACAUUUCAGGAAAAUAAAGGAAGAUUAUUAGAAAUUUAUUUUCUAUAAAGUUAAAGUCAAAUUUUCCAACAAGAAAUGAAUGCAUCUAUUUUAAUGAUUACAUAUACUAUGCACAAAUAUUUGCAGUAUAUAUUUUAUAUAUUAUUUGAUGUUUGAAAAUUGUUUGAUUAGCAUAACUAUAUAUAUAUAAAAAAAAACAAUAUAAUUUCACUUAAUGUGGUUAACCACUUUAAUCACAAAAUACAGGAUCUUUUACAGCUGUAGAAAUGACACUGAUUGUGCAGUAAUAAUUUGUUAAGUUAGCACAAUGUAAACAAUGUAGUAUUUUGACUUCCAUGCAAAAUACAAAUUCACUAUGAUUGUACCAAUGGCCAACAAAGCAAAAUGGGCAAAGAUAAAUAUUUUUUUUGGAAACUGUAACAAGAUAAUAAAAAUAAAACGUUUUUAAGAAAUAAAAAUUAUAGCAUUUCUGAGGCAUAAUAGGCCUUUAAUUAUAUUGUCACACUAAAUGUCUUGUUGGUUACUGUUCUAUUACCUCUGUAUAAAAAUGUUUGUAUUUUAAAAAUAUGCCAAUAUUGGAGGCUUUCAAUCAUCUGUUCUGAAUGGUCUAUGUGACGGGUGACACGUAAACAGACGAUUCUUGUUCAAGCCUUGAGUAAUUUUGUGGGAAUAAUUCUAGGUACUUGUAUUUCUUUGACUAGAUAAUAUCAAAGCAGAAAUGAUAGUUUCCACACCUCUGUAGAGCGACCCCCACUUAGCAGGAACAGUUACAAAUUUUCCAAAGCAAGAAUAUAUUUAACUAUCUUAUCA